AUGGCACAAGAACCACAGCGGCCCGACUUGACUGCAUCCUCUGCCACGAUCCCCUCUGACAGCGAGAAUUACUCUUCCUCCCAGAAUGAGCUCUCUCCCUCCCCACCGUCCUCCUCGAGUUCUCCUAUGAUAUUAUACUCGCCGCCGACUGUAUGGGGUCUGUUACGGGGCGCAGCGAUCAAUGUACUUCUACCAUUCGUCAAUGGGCUGAUGCUGGGAUUUGGGGAGCUACUUGCUCAUGAAGCUGCUUUCAGACUAGGGUGGUCGGGGACGAAGAUAUUCCCCAGCGGACGGAACUCGAGAUCAGUAGGACCGGGAAUUGAGAUUCGAGAUGAUCCAUCGGAGAGAAUACGGCGGGAGCAGGAGUUGAACGACAUGACAUCUCUAGAGUGA